AUGGUUAAAUAUCUUGUUGAACAAGGCGCUGAUGUAAAUGGCAAGGGUACUGACGGGGAGACAGUGCUUCACUAUGCUGUUACUAAAGAUCUUGUUGAACAUGGCGCUGAUGUAAAUGGCAAGGAUAAUAACAGGUGGACAGUGCUGCAUGAUGCUGUUAGGUUUAAUAGAUUAAAGAUUGUCAAGUAUUUAGUUGAAAAGGGUGCUGACGUAACUCUUUGCACUCUUGGCAAUGACAUCCUGAAGAUGGCUGUUGAGAAAAAUUCAGUUGCUUUCAUCAAUCUUUUGUUGGAAAAGAACAUCGCUGUGUGGAGAGCUGGAACAUUUCUUGUUGAAGGGAGACAAAUGAGUCUUCUUGAAUGGAGUAUUCAACGUGGUCAUGAUGAAAUUACAACUAUCCUCAAAAGAUCCGUAAAUCAUCGUGAGAAGAUUCAGAUGUUGAAAACACUGAAUUGCAACAAGUUAGAAGAGACUGAAACACCGAUGCAGGCUUUUGUCGCAAAGGAUCAAUUCAAAAUUGGUGCUGGUGGUUUUUCUUGUGUCUAUGUUGGUCUCAUGAAGGAUGGAAGUGAAGUUGCAGUUAAGAGAAUUUUGGUACAAAGUGAGGAUGAAACAGUUGAAAACGAAAAGGAAAUCAUGAGUCUCAUUGAAACAAACUCUCCAUUUAUAGUGAAAUAUCGACAUUUUCACCGUGACGAUACCUUCAUGUAUCUUAUUGUUGAUCUUUGCGAAGAAACCUUGAGGGAACUUGUUAAAGCAUGCAGUAUUGAACAUCUACAAAGGCAAGGUCCACGAAUGAUUAGGGAAAUUCUAUCCGGACUAGAAUUUCUUCAUGGUAAAGGAAUAUUGCACAGAGAUCUAAAACCAUCAAACGUCCUGGUUGAUAUCGAAGGCCGCAUGAAAUUGGCAGACUUUGGAAUAAGCCGCGUUCUAAAUGACGAUGAAACGACAGUUGAAACAGAUGUUAAAGGCACUCACGGAUGGAUGCCACCGGAAGUAAUUGAAGCCAUUAAGAAAAACGAAAAGGGUCGUUUCAAAAGAAAAUCAGAUAUCUAUGUCGCGGGUAUGAUUGCUUUUUACGUGUUAACCAAAGGUGAACACCCUUUUGGAUCUGCAUUAGAUCGAAUGAAAAAUAUUUUAGAAGAUAAUCGUGUCAAUUUGGAGAAACUUGGUAAUCGCAGAGCUCGUAGGUUUGUGUCGUGGCUGAUUAAUCACAAGAUUAAUGAUAGACCUCACGCUCACGAAGCAUUGAGGGAUUCCUUAUUUAGCAACACCACAACGAACACAGCGAACAAUUAGACAACCAACCACAACGUUUGUUUGAAAUGAUGAAUCCUUCUUAGCCCAACUUUGUCUUUGAAGGAAGAAUUUGGAGCGACACAAGGAUGACAGAACAUAGCUAAUUUUAAAGUAAUUAUCACAUUCACAAUAGUAUAGUAGAGGGGGGAGGAGGGACAGCCCAAGUUUGUCCUUGAAGGGGAAAUUUGGAGCGACAAAAAUUCGACACAAGGCGACAAGACCAGUCGCAUCAAGCGACAAUAAAGCAACGCCGUGGAUUUGUAUUUCAUAGACGGUCGGUAGCAACUUUGAUGGUUGCUAGCAUCAUUUACAGCUUCGGAAGUCGCCGUGUAUUUCGCGACACUUUCCGAAUCCUUUCGUCAAAAAUCGAUAACACGUUGAAUGCUGUUUAAGGUGUUUUAAUAAUUUGCAAGGUUGUUUUAUCGAGGUGAUUCUCGAUCCUGUGCCAAUUAGUAUAGGUAAUAGCAUGGUUUCGAGUGCAGUUUGGAUAUAACAUGCACGAGUGAGUUUUUC